CACGACGUAUUGCCCGCAUCCUGUUGAGCGAAUGACUCUAAAACAAAAAUUGAUUUUUACUCUAUUUUACGGUACAUAACUAUUGUAUCUUUACACAUCGCAGUGAAUAUAUGUUAUAAACUAUCUAGGAAUAACCAGAAACAUGUCUUCUAUUGAGUAUUAUGAAAAUAGCGAUGAUUACACUGUGCCCUAUUGGUACUUCACGUACAUUAUGACUACUGUUGGUGUGGUUGGGCCAAUAUUAGUUCCGAAGGGUCCCGACUGUGCUGUAUAUAGAAUCUCCAUAAUGCUAGCUGCUUUUUGGAUUUAUAUUACAUGGAUCGUGGUGUACUCUGCGCAAAUGUAUCCUAUAACAGGGCCCAGAUAUCAAAAUACAACCCUCGCAUGGAUCAGCUUUAUGUGGGGUAGCGGAAAGGGCGUAUCUGUGUCUUUAACCAUCCCGAUAUGCACCUCAACUACCACCACUACCAGUACAACCACAACGACAACCACAACAACAACGUCGACCACAACCACCUCGACGACGUCCACCACCACAACCUCCACCACGAGCACCACAACGACAAGCACUACGACGACAACUACGACCUCGUACCAGCUGUAUGAUUAUCAUGCGGGUAAAGGAUCUAUUCAUAGAAUAAAAACAGCCCAAACCCCAUAUGUGUAUAUAGUAAUUGGAAUGAAGGCACAUAUAGAUGCGAAGGCUAAACACAUCGUGUCAGAACAAAGAAAUUAUACUCAGGGAAAAUCGAUAGAGUUCUAUCCGCACGGCCAUGAUGUAUAUAUCAAAAGUUACACUAAUUGGAUUGAAACUUAUGACCAUUAUCAUUUUAAUUGGGUUUCAACUACCUCCACGUGGAGAUAUAGCGUAACUGGUUACGAGUGCCAAAACGAUUCCUCAGUGUCAAGAGUUCACGUGACGUGCAGACGAAGUUGGCCUAACUGGGGCUGGGCUCAUACAUACAGAAGUUUUGAUUACUUUCAAUGCAAUUAUGUGUUUAUCUUUUCACCGCAUAACGAGUCAUACUGGAAUUUUAUAUAUGGAUUUAACAAUGAUAUAAAAGUGUUGAAACCUAGCUUGAGAAGCACCUAUGAUGAAUACGGAGAAAUUUACGACGAUUCCAAUACCACCACACAACUAAGAACUGUGGAAAGAGCAUCAAAAGCUCCAAAUAAAGAUAUGUCAACCAGCGAAGGAAGUAAAUCCAUGAGUAAAGGACCAUCGCAAAAAUCAAACAUAAUCGUUAAGGGGUAUUACAUAUUCCGAGAGGUGCAAAAAGAGCCUUUGAAAUUCAGUUUGUUAAGUAAAAAAGGAAAAUACAAAGAGCUCUAUAUAUUGUUAACUGAGGCGAGGCAUAUAUUUGAGCCAUAUUACAUGAUACACAUCGGAGCCAAUUCAGGAACAAUGUGUUUGAUUACCAAGAGUGACGACCUCGUGGCUAGUGCCCCGUGCGAUUUCCAGUGGGGAAUAAACAUGAACCUCAAGUUCUGGAUAUGGUUUGAAAAAGGAGAUAUUUCAAUCGCGUCAGGAUACGACAACCCAGAUGAAAAAGGACCAUUUCUAUCCUGGGUGGACACCAAACCUCUCGCGAUCAAGUAUUACGGAUUUUGUGGGAAUGUUGAAGACGAAAUAAUAAUAAACAUUGAAGACUAAUAAUAUAAAAGCCAUACAAAAAAAAUACAAUAAGUAUGAUUUUAUCCUGACUAAUAAGACUAAUAAGUAAAUCUAGUUAGAUUUAGUAAAAAAUGUUUAAAAUACAAUAAUAAAAACUAGUUUUUUACCUUGAUUAUAAUAAGUCUAUGUGUAGUAAAAAACGUUUAAAUACAAUAAUAAUAAGUAUAAUUGAAUACCUUGACUAUAAGCCUCUAGUUCUGUUUAGUUUAUGGAAAAGACUAAUUUUAUUUGUCUAUGUUAGUUAUAUUUUUAUGAAUAAGACUUAUAUUUUAGUGAGUUCAAAUGGAGUGGGAACAUUUUUGUUUUUUAAGAAAAAAUCUGGGGUCACCGCAGUGCCCCCGCCAAGUCGAGCAAAAAAUGCGGUACGGCCGUACCAUCCUUUUCUCGAAGCAAUUCAGGCCAAUUUCGAACCUCAAUCACGUCGUUGUGGAUAGAACAGGAUUCCUGAAAUUCCAAGGCACUUCAUUUUUCGAUAUUGAUCCGAAAUUGGCCUGAAUUGCUUCGAGAAAAGGAUGUCCUUCGGCCAUGUCGCUUUUUUCUGGACUGCGUGCCCCCAGA